AUAAAUAUAUCAUGAAGUCAAAAGUAUAUUGUUUCUCAUCUGAUUUAUAUUCAAGACGAAAUGGAAAACAGCGACAGGAAGUUACUUUACGUUUAAAGAAUGCAGUUGAAUAUAACCAUGGAACAGCAGCUUGUAGAAUCAUGGAAGAUUCAGGUCAUGUGUAUGCAGAGCCAAAUGAAGACCAGACUGAAGAAGGACUUUCAGGGAAUACAAAACACGAUGCAGUCUGCCGAGAAGGCACCAGAACAAACAGUUACAUGUAUAUUCAUCCGAUAUAUUCUGUUUCACAAAACACAAAUGAAUACGAAGAGAUUGAUAAUAAAACGUUGCCGUCCGGAUCAUGUUUCCGAGAAUGAAGGACAUUU